GGACACAUCAACGGUGAUGGCUAGCGCAACAAUCGACCGACGUGGGGCCAUGCUGGCGAAGGGCGUGCUGGUGACAGUGCACGACCUGUACGGCGGAGCGCUGCCUCUACGACUGCUAGAGACCUAUCUGCAUAUGGUGUGCAGCUUCGACGUGCAACCUUAUCGCUUCCAGCCGCGCACGCAGGAUCUCACCACUUCGGGCAGAGGUAUCUGAUAGGUCGAAUAUCUGAUUCCGCUGUGAAAUGUCCACUAAUUUCGGAUGACAUGUGCUUUGGUGCAUGUCUAGAGCUGGCCGAAUUUUUGAGGAGUCAGAAACCACACACGACGGACGAAGCUGUUAAUUUCGUGACUCAUGGAUAUGGCGCAUUGGUGCUGCGAGAAGCGUUCCGAUCCGUUGACUGGAACUACACCAAGUCCAAGAUUGUGAUGCUGGCCCCCCCAAAUCGAGGAAUUCGGUACCAUAAGUCGAUGAAGAAACAUGUAGGAAUGGCAGGAUAUGGAGGUGUGGCGGCUGAGGAGCUGGCGACGUUGAGUACUGAGGAACUGGACAAGCGGCUGGGGAAACUCCCAAGACGAUGCUAUCCUCUGGUACUUGCGGGAAAUUUGUGUCUUAAUCCGUUUAAUCAGCACAAUUACCCAAAUGACGGUUUGGUGAUGGUUGAGGAGACCGGAAUUCCAGGAGAAUUUCGACAGCAGAUUAUUGGUGCUCCACAUUAUUUACUACCGUCGCAUCCCAAGGCCAUUGGACUCACGCAGUCAUUUCUAGGGGCAUGAAUGUGAUUGCGGAUUUGUGGGUACUUCGAUGCUCGAUAUACCAUUUUGAUAACUAACUCGUACACCAUAAGGAAGAAGGAUAUUAUACCAGUGGUGCUCCGUGUCUAUUUCGUGGAUCUUGAAAAUGUAAAGUGAGCUACUUCAAGAAAUGGGCUUGCAGUGGAGAGCCGUGCAUGACGCAAGAUCGGUCCAUUGGGUUUCGUUGUGUAAACUGGGACAUCGAAGACUUACUGCGUUUUUCAUUAUUUAAGUACUUGAAACACUGCACAAUGUAUCUGCUGAAGAUAUAUGACUCCACACACCGGCAACUUAUUUAACCUUUUCACAGGAUACCGCUCUCCAAAUAUCGUGAAGUAUCUCUUCCCCCCAUUUUGCUGUUGACCCAGUUUUACCCUUACAAAUUGUAUCGCACCAGGAGCCGUUGAUUUCUGCGAAGCAAGCAUUGACACUCAAAGAUCAAUAGAAGGCCACCACAAGCAUGGACUACUUGCACUCGCCGCAGGAUCACCGCACUAGCAAGAGGCAAGCUGAGAUUACAAAUAUUUUUUACUCUAGAACAAAACAUCUCUAAAACUACGCGAUUUGACAUAAUUCGCCGUUUCAUUUGCGGCUGAUUCGGCCCGUGAACAACCUACGGAGCUUGCUAAAUCUACAGUAGUAAAGAUUUUAUGUAUGUAUUGAAAAGGUAUCUG